AUGGCCUAUCAUUACGCUUUCUUCGACGCAGACGAUAGGGACGGGCAGCUGGCCACCGAGGAAGAAAUCUGGGACCUUCUAUACGUUAUCGACGGCACUCCUGCCCGCGUGUGGCUCGCCAUGCUGAUGAGAGUGGCCGAACGGUUUACCUGGUGCGGCAAUACUGGGCCGCUACAAAGCUACCUCCAGCAGUCUCCGGACAGCUCCAUCCGCGGUGCUCUUGGCUUGUCACAGGCCACAGCGUCCAAUCUUGACAGCGCCAUCCUCGCCGCCAGCGACUUCACCCUACGCCAGCGGCUGUACAUGCGGAUACUUGGCUUGGCCGCUACUGGGCCUUGGUUCUGUUCUACUCAUUCUCCUUCUAGAACCGUGCUUGCUAGCUCAGUCGUCUUGUUCGUCACCUCGCUGCCGCAGAUGCUGGAUCGAGGUGCUGCCGAGUGGGCAGUCUACACCGCCAUGGCCUUGAUGUCUCUUGGCUCGGGCGGCGGGAAGGUGGUCUUUACGCCUCUCGUAGGCUUAUCAACAGCCCUCGCGACGACACUGCUGGAGCGAUACGUCUCUUUUUGGGCUGCCUACUUGGCGGUACCUACAAUGCGCUGA